UGUCCCCGUGUCCGUGGGGGGCGGCGCCGCGGCCUUGCCGCCCGGAUCCCGGCAUGAGCCGCACCUGGCAGGCUCUCCGCGCUCUGCGGCUGCGGCUCCUGGGGCCUGCCAAGGAGCUGGUGGGCACCGACCAGUUUGGCAACAAGUACUACCGGGUGCCCAAGCACGAGAGCCGCGCAGGGCAGAUUAUACCAGAAAGAAGAUUUGUAGAAGCAGUAAAUCGUGAAGCAUAUCAGUAUCAAAUUGGUGACUUUCCAGCAGAAUGGGAAGCAUGGAUAAGAAAAAAGAGAGAAGAUCCACCCACCAUUGAGGAGAUUCUUAGGAAUGAAAAUUAUAGAGAAGAAAUUAAACAGAAAGCCAAGGAUGUAUCUGAAAAGGAUAAGCUGCUUCAGGCCAAGGAAUAUGAGCAAGGACUUAUUGCUGAACCAAGUCAUACUCAGGUUAAAGGCCACGCAUCUGCCCCUUACUAUGGAAAGAAGGAGCCCUCACAGGACCCCACAAGCACUGCAAAUACCUUCCAGCCAGGUGCCUGGAUGCCACCAGGCAGUGGUAACAGUCAAAAUAAAUAAGCAAUUUAAUGGACAGGUACUGUUAAUGGCUAAAUAUUUUAACAGACAAACACACAUGGCUGUUAUAUGCAAGAGUGCAAUAAAGUAGUAUUAAAGCA